AUGGCAGGUGCACGAGGUUUGCUUGGGAAAGAAGCCACUCUUCUGAAGAAUCUGCAACAUAAGGUCCUUUCCCUAACCGAGACUUGGGCUCGGCUUUUCGUUACUAGAUUCUUGGGACAAUUCAUAUCCAUCGGUUGCGUCAGCUUACUUGAAGAAGAAGGAACGAUGUUCACUUUUGGAGGAAAAGAUUCUUCUUGUCCUUUGAAAUCUACCCUCGAGAUUCACAGUCCUCAGUUUUACUGGAAGGUUAUGACACGAGCGGAUAUAGGACUCGCAGAUGCUUAUAUCGAUGGAGAUUUUUCUUUCGUUGAUAGUAACUCAGGACUUUUGAAUUUGUUUAUGAUUCUCAUUGCUAACAGAGAUCUGAACUCAACAAGAUCAAAUCUAUCUAAAAAAAGAGGAUGGUGGACGCCGAUGUUUCUAACUGCCGGUUUAGCAUCUGCAAAGUAUUUUGUAAAGCAUGUCUUUAACAAGAACACUUUAACUCAAGCUCGAAGGAAUAUUUCUCAUCACUAUGACCUUAGCAACGAGCAUUUUGGUUUGUUCAUGGAUGAAACCAUGUGUUACUCCGCUGCAAUAUUCAAGCCAGACAAUGAGGAUCUUAGAACUGCACAGAUGAGAAAAAUAUCUCUUUUAAUUGAAAAGGCGAGGAUAGAGAAAAACCAUGAGGUUUUGGAGAUUGGAUGUGGAUGGGGAACUUUGGCCAUAGAAGUAGUGAGAAGAACUAGUUGCAAAUACACUGGCAUUACUCUGUCUAUUGAACAACUUAAAUAUGCAGAAGCAAAAGUGAAAGAAGCUGGACUUGAGGAUCUGAUAACACUUGAGCUUCGUGAUUAUCGCCAACUAUCUGAUGCUCACAAAUAUGACAGAAUUAUAGCUUGCGAGAUGAUAGAAGCGGUUGGCGACGAGUUUUAUGAGACGUUUUUCAGUUGUUGUGAAGCCGUUCUUGCACCAUACGGUAUAUUUGUCAUGCAGUUCACAGCGUUACCCGAUGAGCGUUAUGAUGAGUGUAGACUAAGUUCAGAUUUCAUAAAAGAAUACAUAUUCCCUGGUGGAUGUCUUCCCUCUUUAGCCAGAGUUACUUCAGCUAUGGCCUCUUCUUCUAGGCUAUGCGUUGAAGACGUUGAGAACAUUGGGAUUCAUUACUACCUAACUUUGAAAUUUUGGAGGAAGAGCUUCUUGGAGAGACAAAAAGAAAUCAUGAAUCUUGGAUUUGAUGAUAAAUUCAUAAGGACAUGGGUAUAUUAUUUCAACUAUUAUGCAGCUGGUUUCAAGGCUCAUUCACUUAAAAACUAG